UUAUCUAUAUAUAUAUUCGUGUAAGUUGGUGAAAGAAGUAGUAGAGAAUCGCGGUGUGAAGUUAGAGAGGAGAGACGAGUGUAGUGUGAAGUUCGCGCGACUCGUCGUCGUGGCGCACGACGGAUAGCCAAGUUGAAAUCCCAGAAGACGGAAGAGAGAGAGACUCGGUUCGAGAGAAGUGAAGUUCCAACCCAUCGAGAGAACUAGAUUCAUUGAAACUUAUCAGCUAUCUCGGCCAACUUGCUAUCCUGGAGUUGAGGAGGAGGAUAUUCGAGGGGGAGCAGGGGAUUUGCCAGGACUCGGUCGUUCGGUUGCGCACGGUCCCAGGAUGAGGGGGAUGCUUUUGCUGAUGAGCAUGAUGAUGGCUUGGUUUGUCGCGGCGGAAGUUUUCCUCGGCGACGUCGACGAGCCGAUACCGAUGCUGGAUGUGUCGGCGGUGGCUGGUUUCAAAGCUCAAAUACCUUGCGACAUCGAUCCAGUGAGCAGGAGCGAGGUGGUGAGCAUGGUUUUUUGGUACAAAGACGAGAGGGGAGGCGAGCCGAUAUACAGCCUGGACGCUCGCGGCAAAUCGAUAGCUGAGGCGAAGCUUUGGUCAGAUCCAUACGUGUUCGGUAAAAGGGCGACCAUGAGGACGAGCGUAGAACCCGCGAAAUUGGAGAUCGAUCCCCUCGAGGCGGCCGACGUGGGGGUGUACAGGUGCAGGGUGGAUUAUAAAAAUAGCCCAACCAGAAAUCAGAAGGUUAACCUCACGGUGAUAGUGCCACCAAACAAACCUGUGAUUUACACCGGCGCCGCUAGAAGUUUGGCCAAGAUAUUACAGCCCUUCAACGAGGGUAGCGAAUUGUCCUUAUUGUGCGAGGUAAUCGGGGGUUCACCACCACCGAAAGUCACGUGGCAUUUCAAUGGAGCGAUGGAUGACACUUACACGUUGGAGCAUGGUGAUAUCACGAUAAAUCGUCUCGAUAUCUCGAACGUCACCAGGAAGUUUCUCAGGGCUAGGCUAAUUUGCCGGGCGAGCAACACGCAUCUCGUGCCUCCUCUCACUUCCGAGAUUAUUUUGGAUAUUAAUUUGAAACCGUUGCUAGUGAAUAUUACGAACAAAAGAGCCCACUUGUCGGCGUUAAGAACGUACGAAAUUGAAUGCACCAGUUCGGGUUCUAGGCCAGAGGCUGUGAUCACCUGGUGGAAGGGAAACCACCAGGUCAAACAUAUGGCCAGAAAUUUUGCAGAUAGUCCGAACAUCACGAGAAGUGUGCUGAGUUACGUACCCACCAUGGAGGAUGAUGGGAAAUAUCUGACGUGUCGAGCAGAGAAUCCAGUUGUACCUGAUAGCGCCCUGGAAAAUAGAUGGCGAUUAUUAGUAUACUAUUCACCAAUAGUGACGAUCAAGCUAGGUUUGAGUCUGAAAGCAAACGACAUAAACGAAGGCGAUGAUGUCUAUUUCGAAUGCGACGUUCAAGCGAAUCCAAAAGCGUACAAGCUGGUGUGGUACAAGGACGGGAAGGAGUUACACCAGAACAUGACUGCUAGAAUUUUUCUUCCCAGCGGGCAAUCUUUGGUUUUGCGAAGCGUGACUAGAAAUUCUGCAGGCGAAUAUUCUUGCAUGGCUGUCAAUGUCGAAGGGAAAUCUACCAGCAGACCCGUAACGUUGGAAAUAAUGUACGCGCCUGUGUGCAAGGACGGGUCAUCCACCCAAGUGGUCGGCGCCUUGAAGCACGAGACGAUCUCCCUUGUGUGCGGUGUGCAAUCUAAACCGCCGCCCAUCACUUUCCAUUGGACCUUCAACAAUUCCGGCGAGCUGAUGAACGUGCCGUCCAACAGAUUCACACCGGUGAAACCGCUCAGCCUAAUCACCAGCCACUGGCACGGAUCCAGGUUGAAUUAUACUCUGGCGAACGACAUGGAUUACGGGACGGUCGCGUGUUGGGCGAAAAAUCGGAUAGGGGUGCAAAAGACACCCUGCCUUUUUCAGAUCAUCGUCGCAGGGAAACCCUAUCCCCUUCAGAACUGCACGGCCCUACAAUCGACCGGCCCGUACGCGUAUCGAAUGGGUCACGAGGACUUGAAGGCUACCGACUCGAGGGACGCGGACUGGUUGAUCGUCAGAUGCUCUGAAGGGUUUGACGGCGGUUUGCCCUUAACUAAUUACGAGCUGGAGGUCUACAGCGAAGAGAACGUUUAUCACGUCAAUACCAUCUACCUGAACCACACAGAGAGAUCCGGCUCGUCCGGUCCCGUUUUUGAGGUUCCUGGCUUGGAGCCUGGCCGUAAAUACAGGCUUCAUCUCUACGCUGUCAAUGCAAAGGGUCGAAGCGAUCCCGUGGUUCUUGAACCGGUCACGCUCAAAGCAGUCGCCAUGUACACAACCGAUCGCGGAACUUCCGACGACAGCCCGGAUUACAGCCUUCUGGUGGCGUGUUUCGCCGGCGGCAUAACGGCCGUGUGCAUCCUGAUAGUCGGUAUCACUCUGACCUUGUAUCGUCGCAGCCAUCCGUCGUUGCAACCGAUCAAGGCUCACACAGAGGUGGCGCAGUACGGUGGGGGCAAGGAGGACAGGGGGACUAUAAUGGUGGCCCCGUUGAGCAAAGAGUCGAGGAGCGAGGCGAAGGGGGAGGUGGUGGGGAACGAUGUGACCGACGAGGAUCCGGACGUGAUUCCAAGCAAGAUGGAGAAGAGGCCGGACAUAUUCGAGCCGGGGUACGAGGCCGUGAAAUCGGAGAGGACGAAAGAUUUCGAUCGUUUGGAGGAGUUGGAUUAUCCGUCUCCCUCGUCCGUGCUGCAUACGAAAGAUUCGUGGAUAUAUCCGAACGGGUACGUGAAGAAAGUGGAGAGAAGCUUGAGUCCGUUACGGCCGAGCACGCUCCCGGUUCAUCGUAGCCACGAUAUUUACACGAGAAGUUCUCGCGUCCAGGAAAGCUGUAUAUAGAUGGCUCCUAUGGCCUGGUUUAUCGAAGAUCGUGGCGUUACGACUGAUGUUGACCAAACUAAGAGGCCACGAUUCGUUUUCUAGCACCGUAUUGAAUUGGUAUCUCGUUCGAACAGUUAUCAAUUUUCAAUCGUCUUUUGACGCUUGAAUGAUUCGUUUCGAUGAUUUUCGUAUU